AUGAAAUUUAAAUUUACUCUCCUUACAUCAUGGACACUAUUACCAACGUCCAUACCAAAUACUGAUUGUGAAGAUAAUGAAGCAAUAUUAUUUGCACAAUACUUAACUGAAUAUACAGAGAAUAAAUAUGGUUUAAAUGUAUUUUGGCCAAGACAACGUGGUGAAGCAUUUUUGCAUAAUUCAUUCAAUUCAUUUGAAGAGAGAUUUUUAACACAUUCUGAAUAUGCAUUACUCAUUGUAUCUGGUCAAAAUGCAUCAUGUUUAAAUUGUAUUUAUCCAAGAUUUCUUGUAUUUUUAACAGCUAAAAAAUCAUGGACUGAAAGAAUUUUAAUAAUUUUCUUAAAACAACCAACAUAUUUAGUAAAUUUCGAUUUAAGUUUAUUAAAACAUCCACCAAUUUUAUUCAAUGAUGAUUCAACUAAUCAGUGGAUUCAUGAUCAAGAAUCAUGGAUGAAAGUAGCAGAACUAAUAAAAAAUAGAUAUAUUCCGUCAGUUAAUGAUAAUUUAUCAAGAUAUCUAUUUACGCCCACAGAAUAUUACAUUAGUCGAUGGAUGUCUGUCACGGAUCUACGUGGACAACCAUUAGCUGUAAGAAUAACUAGUACUGGUCAAAGUGACUUGACUCCAACUAGCUGGUCUGAUCUCAGUGGUAUUGAAUCAAUCAACGGAAUAAAAUGUGUUUUAGACCCGAUAUAUCCUAUUGGACAACGUCUAAGCCAAUCAGCAUCUGUGUUUGAACAUUCACCUACACAAACUCGUGACAUUACGCCUAAUCUACAUUUGUAUGUAAACAAUUUUAAUCGUAUUAGAAGAGUUAGUUCAAGAUGUUUUACACGAAAGCAUCAAUACAAUACAGUAUUUGGAUUAGAUCCUUGUUGGUCAACUUUAUCUGGAAGUCAAUUAAACGUUAUUAACAAUAAUAGUGGAGUUAAAUGUCAAAUUGAAGAAACAUCACAUUAUGAAAAUUUAUUGGAAAAACGUAGUAAACAUAACGUUGAAAUCGACCUUAUUUGUAAAGAAAGUCAAAUGUGUAUUCCGCAAAAACAAUCGAAAAUUAAAUCGUGUGAAUUUCUAAAUGAAUCUAUAUUGUCUUGUAAAUUAUCAAACCGUAUUAAUAAAUCAACCGGUGUUAUCAAUGAUGGCUCAGAGUACAGUAAUGUCAUUACAUCAAAUCAUACAAUAAAACAUCAUCAAAGAAAGGUUAAAUUGUCACCUAAAAAACAUUUCCUAUUCAAAGAACUAGAUCAUAUCUGUAUACCAUCAAAAAAGUUUAUAAAACUAUUUAAAUUCAAACGUAAAAAAGAUGCUCAUUCUAUUAGUGAGAAAUUUGGAACACAAUCACAAUUAGAACUAGCUAAAUCUGUAAAAACCUUAUAUGAUGUUGGACAAAGUUUACUUGAAAAUUCAGGAGAUAGUGUAAGUAAUCUGAACAUACUUGAAAUUCAACAACAACAACAACAACCAUCAUGUUCAUACAGUACUACUGAUAAAUUUAAUCUAAGUUGUUUAAGUAUCCACGUAGAUGUGGAGGAACAACCUAUCAAAGAUACAAACAAUGAUGAUAUUUUUCACCAGUCACAAUGUUUACAAGUCACACCGACUCAAUCAGCGGACUUCUCUGACUCUGGAUUAUGGAGUAUGAGUCAAAUGGCUACUGAAGAUUGUACUAAUUCACUACAACAACAUCUCAUAUCAUGUUCAGAGAGUCCAGUAUUCCAUUAUUACACCAAUAGUGACAAUAAUGAUUAUAAUAAUAGUGAUCAAACAAAUGAGAUACGAUUACAGAAACCAAUCACAAGUCCAACAAAUGAAUCAAAGUUUGCAGAGAUAAGACUAUCACCAUGGUCAUCGUUAAAAAUAGGAGAUGGUCAACGGAGUAAAGAAUUCAAAUUAGAAAAAUCAAAUCAACCUACUGAUGCUACUACUACUACUAAUAAUAAUAACACCAAUACUACAACUAAUAUAUCAAAUGAACAUGGAUUAACUUGUAUUCCUUUGAACCAAAAAGCCGGUGUGCAAGAUGAUACAUUUUUAUUAUUAAACUGUAAUUCUGAACAAUUCGUUAAAGAUCAACUAUCAAAUCCUUCAGUUAGUAAUAUAAACGAACUUAGAACAAGUGAAGCUUUAAAAUUAUGUAAUAAUGAUAAUAAUAAAAAUGUAAAUCACAACUUUAAUGGUCCUGUGAAAAGCCAAAUGUCUUGUACACUGAAUUUGAAGCCUUUUAGUUCAAAUUCAACCUCUUUCGAAGAGAGUAAAAAUGAUAAUGAAUCAUUACACUCUCGUAUUUCGAAAUCAAAACAAAAUUCUCCUCAAGAAAAUUAUGUUUCGUCAAUUUAUCUUUCGAAAACACAUAAUAAUAAUAGUGACAACGCAUCCUCUAAAGAUUUUACACAACUUUCGACUUUUCAACAAAAUUCAGUAAUUUCGCGAAUUUUGCAAAAUAAUAGUAUGUUGUCAGAGUAUAGUUUACCUUAUAGAAUAUCUACAACAUAUGAUGUAAUUCAGAUAUUCCCUACUACAAAAAUAUAUGAUAUAAAUAAUAAAUCUGAAAAUAAUUUGUCCACUGUGAAAGUUAUUGAUUAUAAACGAUCUAUCGGCACUCAUUUAAUAAACAAUAAUGGUAGUUUGAAUGUGGAUCCCCUUCAAAUAAAUCAAGAUAUCAAAGGGAUUAUGAUAUUCCCUACAUUAGAACAACAAAAUCCCUACUCUAAUGAAUCAACUCCGUUGAAUACAGAUCAAAUGAUGAUGAUCAAUUCACAAAUAGACAUUAACGUUAACUCUUCCAAGGACUUAUCAUUAAUUAGUGUAGAAUGUGAGAAUAAUUCGACAUUUGAUUCAAAUAUUAGACAAAAUAUGAAUCCCUGCGUUAUAAACAACAUACAAACUUUAAAAAAGUUGUUGAUGGAGUCAGAAUGUACAACUCACUUGCCAAUAUCAUUGAGUACUGAUACAUCUGAAAAUAACCAUUAUUUAAAUAAAAGUUUCAUUCAGUCACUGGACAAUAAUGCGGAAAACCCUGAAUACCUUAACGUUGUUACUGACCAUCAAACUAACCAAUUACAAGUUACAAAUAAAUGUUUGCCAAAGCAGCCCAAUGAACAAUUGACAACGACGAGAAUUAUUGAGGAUAUCACAGAAUUAUCGUCCGCCCAAGUUUCUACAUUAUUCAACCAACAAAAGAGGGAUCCAUUAAUUAUUCCUGAUCAUGCACAUGAUGUACACAUAGAUGAACGAUUGAGUGUCGGUUCACUUAACGGGUCCAUCAGUGACCAAUUAGCGAAUGAUCACUCAGUGCCGUCAACCCAGGUGAAACAAAUCUUUUCAUCUAUUACGGAAACAUCACAUGGAGAUAUGAAACCAUUAUAUUCGAAAUCAGAUUUGAAUAAUACCCGAACCUUGAAUGACAAUUAUUUGUUGGAUAAUUCAUGUCAAAAUUGGAUGAUGGCGUUAUCAAAUGAGCUUACCAAUAGGAUAGAUGAUUCAUCGGAAACGAAAUAUAAUUUUGAUCAACUAACCAAAGGAAUGUCAAAUGACAGCAAAAAACUGUCCUCUGAUCUUGAAAUCAACAAAUUACCAACCGAGAAAAAGGUUUCUUCAGACGAAAUAAGUCAGUCGUUGACAAUUUUACAACCCCAUAAUGAAAACGUAGAAGUUUCAUGCAAUACACCUACUAAAUGUCACAACAGAAAGUUUUCCUUGAACGAGGAGGAUAUUUCCAUUGAUGUCAGCUCGACCAAAGGUGACCAUUUACAAGAUCCACAUGAUGAACUGACUAAUAGUGAGCAACCCUUUGUGACUAGUACCACUGAAUCGAUAUCUUCAAAUGUUAAUACAUAUUAUACGGAUGGAACGAAUUUCUACGUUACUGAACCGUUAUAUGAGAAUACCACAAUCGAUUUGACAAACCUAACUCAGUCAGUAAGAAAAUUAUCGAUUAGCCCUGAUAGUCUCAAUAAUAAUGUACUGGAUAUCGACGCUCAGUUCAAUAAAGUCAUUAAAACAGAGAAUGAUCCUAUUGACUCUCGAGUUAAGGAUGUUUUGCAAAAGUGUUCGUUAGAGGACAUGAACACUUUGCCAACUAUAAUGGACACAGUAAGUUCUUCAUUCGUACAAGUUCCAUUAUUAAUCAAAAAUAAGCCUGUAAAUUGUUUAAUUAACAAUAUCAUAUUAAAUGACGACAGUUUAACUUCAGAAAUGAAAUUAUUAACCAUACUAAAUAAAUUGCUGAGUGAUUACACAAUUACUGACUAUCCACUCGAAGAGAAGAAUACAUCGAGUCUGUUGUCAUCUUCAAAUACAAAUAACUAUUCUAGACUGAAGAUGGAUCAUGAAAAUAAGAAUCAUUUCAAAAAACCAUUUUUUGACGUACCUUUAGAAAAACAGUUUCACCAUGGAGAUCUUGAGAACAUCACUGCACCCAGCAACAAAAGACAUAAUGACAGCUUACAAACUACUAGUAAUGAUUUUGUUCCACCGAAAAAGUCAGGUGAAUUCCACGAGUUAGAACAAACUAUUGAAGACACUCCAGAUUAUAAUGAUAACGAAUCUUAUCCAAAUACAUUGACGUCGUCUGAUAAUCCCAUGGCAAUAGAACCUAUUACAACUACGGGUACUACCGUUGCUCAAUCCCCAAACCAAUCUACUACAAAUUCAAGUUCAUUAUCAAAUGUAAAUGAUAAUCUUGGAAAUGAUACUUUCACAGGACACUCUUCAUUAUUUCCCAUUGAUUCAGUAAAACAGUUUAACGUUUUGAAAGUAUCAAUACCAGAUAAUACAGACGGUUCAAUAUUCAAAAAAUCUGUCAGUAUGAUUCAUAAGGAAACUAGAGAUAAUGCUGGACGGUUGAUUAGUCUGCUCGAAAAGGAUACAAAAUCUACUAAUCAGUUAGAUUUAACAUCCAAGGAUGUAUUUAUCGAAAAUAAACAUACAUGUACAGUCCCAUUGAUUGCAUCUCAUCAUGAAGAGGACUGUCAUCAACCACGUAGCAUCGACUUGUCUGAGAAAACUGUUAACUUACUAGGAUUUGAUGACUCUUUCUUAACUGGAUUACUACAAGCAACUGAGGAAGAUUUACUUUGGACCAAAAUUAACCAUUUGCAGUAUCCACAUGACCAGAGAACUAAUAGUGAGCAGUCGUUUAUGAAUACUACCGCUGCAUCGUUAUCUUCAAAUGUAAACAAAUAUUGUUCGGACGGAACGAGUCUCAGUGUUAUCGAGCCUCUAAGUGAAUAUUGCUUAAUCGAUGUAAAGAAAUUAAUUCAACCUAUUCAUAAUAAUAAUACAUUCAAUACUGACACUCGAUCCGAGUUUACUAGUCAGUUAGAUGUGACAUAUAAAGAUGAAUUUAUUGAGGAUAAUCAUGCAUGUACAAGUUUAUUGAUCACAGCCUAUAAAGAAGAGGACUAUGGUCCGAUGUAUGGCAUCAAUUCGCCUUCAAAAGCGGUUGAUUCACUAGGAAUUGAAAACUCUUCAUUAUCUAGAUUACUUGAAAGAAAUGCUGACAACGAUAACGAUUAUAUGGCUAGUGAUGCUACUACUACUACUACUCCAAGUGUUGCUCCUAAUGAUGACACCGUACCACAUGAUUUAAUUAUAUCUCCUACAUUUACCGAUAAAACAAAUAUAGUAUUAUCUAGUGAUAUUUCAGAUAAUAUUGAACUUAAGUUUGACAACAGUUUAUCUUCACUAGCACCUAGUCGAGAUAGUGAACAUUCAGUGAAUAAUUCACUAGAUAAUUCCUUGGAGUUAGAUUUCAGGUCAACAAUAAAUAAACUGAAUUCUUUAAUGCAAUAUGAAUAUGAGUUUACCGAUAACAAUAAUAAUUGUUGGAUUGAUCCUGGUAGUUUAAACGAAGAUGUUGAAACUAUAGCACAGCCAAUGAGAUCGAUUGCAACUGAAAACUCUUUGGAAGAGCCAGAAUGUACAUUGAGUAUUUAUAAUACACCAUCACAACAGUUAUCAGUAGUACCAACAGCAGCAGCAACAACAACAACAACAACAACAUUAACAGCAAUACAAAAUCCGGUUCAUCCAAUCAAUGAGAUUUAUAUUGAUGAAGACUAUAUUGCUCAUUUGUCAUUAGAUGAUAAAAAUACGAAAGGUAUUCUGGAACCUAAGAUUGAUAAAAAUAAUGAAGAACACAAAUCAAAUCAACGUGUUAAAUUCACUUCAGGAGCUUACAAUCUUUUUACUUCAGUUUUCAAUUUGGCAACAUUAUAUGUCCCAAGACAUAUUUACUGGUUAUAUGGUGCAACAUUUACACCAAGGGGGCAAUUUCAUCGAAUAAUGGCUGGUUGUGGGAUGGAAUUAUACAGUGUAGGAUUGAGUCAUCCAAUAAAUGUAGCAGGUGUAUUCAUUGGUUUCACUUUAGCCUCACCAUAUUUAAGAACAUGGCCAUAUAUUCUAUCUGGAUUAAUGAAUUCAUCAGAAAUUAAUGUAUUCAAUCCUUUAUAUUGGAUAGAUAGACCUAUAUUAGAACAUAUUGGCUGUUUAUUAUAUAUACUACCAUCUUCAAUACGUUGGGGCAGUACAGUUAUUGUUAAUUCGUUUCAACAAUAUCCAUGGUUACUAGCAAAUCCACUGGAACCAUCAUCAUCAUCAGCAGCAGCACUAUCAUAAAGAAGAUACGAAUGAAUAGAUAAAUUUAAAUAUGCCUUUAGUUCAGAAAAAUACCGUUCUUGUACACA